GCUCAAACUAGUUUCACUUCUCAGAAAGUGAAACUCAGACAGUCAUUGUUACUGAGAGCUGAAAUGGCACAACAAGGAGCUCAGCUGGACCGAGAAAACUUUUCUUGUUCGAUCUGUUUGGAUCUAUUGAAAGAUCCAGUGGCUAUUCCCUGUGGACACAGCUACUGCAUGAGCUGUAUUAACAACUUCUGGGAUGGAGAGGAUAAGAAGGAAAUCUACUGCUGCCCUCAGUGCAGACAGACCUUCACACCGAGGCCUGUCCUGAUGAAAAACACCAUGUUAGCAUUUUUGGUGGAGCAGCUGAAGAAGACUGGACUCCAAGCUGCUCCUGCUGAUCACUGCUAUGCUGGACCUGAAGAUGUAGCCUGUGAUUUCUGCACUGGAAGGAAGCUGAAAGCCAUCAAGUCCUGUCUGCAGUGUCUGGCCUCUUACUGUGAGAAACACCUCCAGCCUCAUUAUGAUGUAGCUCCACUAAAGAAACACAAGCUGGUCAACCCCUCUGAGAAACUUCAGGAGAACAUCUGCUCUCGUCAUGAUGAAGUGAUGAAGAUGUUCUGUCGUACUGAUCAGCAGAUUAUCUGUUAUCUCUGCCCUGUGGAUGAACAUAAAGGCCACGACACAGUCUCAGCUGCAGUAGAAAGGACUGAGAGGCAGAGAGAGCUCGAGAUUAAUCGAGAAAACAUCCAGCAGAGAAUCCAGGACAGAGAGAAAGAUGUGAAGCUGCUUCAACAGGAGGUGGAGGCCGUCAGUCUCUCUGCUGAUAAAGCAGUGGAGGACAGUGAGAAGAUCUUCACUGAGCUGAUCCAUCUCCUCCAGAAAAGAAGCUCUGAUGUGAAGCAGCAGAUCAGAUCCCAGCAGGAAACUGAAGUGAGUCGAGUCAAAGAGCUUCAGGAGAAGCUGCAGCAGGAGAUCACUGAGCUGAAGAGGAAAGACGCUGAACUGAAGCAGCUCUCACACACAGAGGAUCACAACCAGUUUCUACACAACUACCCCUCAGUGUCACAACUCAGUGAACCUACAGACUCAUCCAGCAUCAAUAUCCGUCCUCUGGGAUACUUUGAGGAUGUGACAGCAGCUGUGUCAGAGCUCAGAGAUAAACUACAGGACAUCCUGAAAGAGGAAUGGACAAACAUCUCACUGACAGUGACUGAAGUGGACGUUUUACUGUCAGAUUCAAAAGCAGAGCCCAAGACCAGAGCUGGAUUCUUGAGAUAUUCAUGUGAAAUCACUCUGGAUCCAAACACUGCAUACAUGAAGCUGUUAUCUGAGGGGAACAGAAAAGCAAAACUAAUGAGUCAACAACAGUCUUAUUCUGCUCACCCAGACAGAUUCACUGUAUAUGAACAGGUCCUGAGUAGAGAGAGUCUGACUGGACGUUGUUACUGGGAGGUGGAGUGGAGUGGAGGAGGAGUUCGUGUAGCAGUUGCAUACAAGAAUAUCAGCAGAGCAGGAAACUCAAAUCAAUGUGGAUUUGGACUCAAUGACAAAUCUUGGGCUUUAAAAUUUUACAAUAACUGUUAUACAUUUUGGUUCAACAACAUCUCAACUCCUGUCUCAGGUCCUCAUUCCUCCAGACUAGGAGUGUACCUGGAUCACAGAGCAGGUAUUCUGUCCUUCUACAGCGUCUCUGAAACCAUGAAUCUCCUCCACAGAGUCCAGACCACAUUCACUCAGCCUCUCUAUGCUGGAUUUAAGCUUAUAGAUUAUGGAGCCACAGCCGAGUUGUGUAAACUCAAAUAGAAGUCAUUUCAGACUCAAGACAGACUUUUUUGUCUCCAUGUUUCUGAACUGCACAGAGAUCAGCUGUCAAUCAAACUUAGAUUAUCAACCAUUUCUUUAUUUGCUAUGUUAAUGUUUUUGUUCAAUUCACUUUGUCCUGUGUGUUUUUGACCAUGGAGGGUAUCUCUGCUCAUGAUGAUG